AUGGAACAUCCACAAAAACUAGCUUUAGUUCUCGAUGAUCAAUCACUCACCUAUGCUGAACUUCUUCAUUCAUCACAACUUCUUGCUCAUCAUUUGACAGAUCGAUGUCAAAUACAACCAGAUGACAUUGUUGCUCAAUGUGUCGAUCGGUCUAUUGAAAUGAUCAUUGGUAUACUAUCGAUUCUGAUGAGUGGUGCAUCAUAUUGUCCUCUCUCUCCAAAUCAACCAUCAGCGCGACUUCUUUCAUUGAUUGAACAAGUCAAAACUAAAUGUGUUCUUAGUCAUAAUCGAACGAACACACUCAUCCCAUCAAGUGAUGUUGAUAUUAGUCGGAUAUUACCAUCGUUAAACCCGACAAAUUUCAGUGACAAUGAUGUUCUUAUCAAUAUUAACUCGAUUGCUUAUGUGGUUUCCACUAGUGGUUCAACAGGCAUACCAAAAUUGAUCCCGAUUAGUCACAAAAACUUUGCUGCAUGUAUUAAUGCUCUUUCUCAAUCUUCUAUCAUGAUGCAAAAUGAGACUGUACUACAAAUAACACCAACAACAUUCGAUAUUCACAUACAAGAAAUUCUUGGAACACUUUGGCUGGGUGGAUGCAUUUGUCUACUUCGACCCAAUGGAAAUCUUGACAUGAAUUAUUUAACAUCGGUCGUACAACGUAAUCAAAUUACCUUUGCCAUUACUGUACCAACACUUCUCGCCACAAUUGCUCAACAUGUGCACAAUUAUCAUGACAAGCAUCAUACAUUAAUCAGUUUACAACGACUUUGUUCUAUAGGAGAGCCUCUUCGACCACGAACAGCAUCUCUACUCUAUGACUAUCUAAACCCUUCUGCUGUUAUUUAUCAUCUUUAUGGGCCGACUGAAUGCAUUUUUGCAACGACAUUUCAUCAGAUCACCAAAGCUGAUCUGCAGUUAGAUUCCCUUCCGAUUGGUCGACCUCUUCUUGGUUAUAAAUGUUACAUACUCGAUAGUUAUUUGCAACCUGUUCUUGCUGAUCACCAGAUUGGUGAACUUUUCAUCGGUGGUGAAGCUGUAUUUGGUGGCUAUUUGCAUCGCUUGGAUUAG